ACAGCGGAGCACCCAGGAACAGAAAUUCUUCCCGAGUUUGACUAGUGGGAAAUUACAGCAGAGAAUCUGGAAGAAUAAUAGCCAAUAGAGCAGGAAAAGCAAUCUUGAAAUUCACUUCUAGCCGAACUUGGGCAUUUCGGGGGAUGGACUUGGCAAAGAGACAGUAGCCCAGUUUUUUAGGAAAUGAGGGAGAUUUUUUGGGUUACUGCAGGAUCCACAGAAUGGAAGUUGCCUGACAAAAGGAAGAAUCCCUCCCCCAUCUGCAGGGCUUCCUCUCUCCCCUCCAGGGGACCACAGGGCCCCUGGGGACCACAGCUCGGCGCUGCCUGGUUUCCUUCGUCAGGGGCCUGGCGGGGAGGGCGGAGGCGCGGCUUUGCCAAGGGCAGCUGGGGCCACCCGGCUCUCACCGCCUCCUGCCCGCGCGCUCUCUAUCGCUCUACAGCCCCGAGGCUCGCGAAGACAGCUGGCGCCCCAGGCUCAGUCCUCAGGAAGCCAUGGCGAAGUCCCGGGGCCGUCUGUACCUUUGGAUGUGCUUGGCUGCUGCGCUGGCAUCUUUCCUGGUGGGAUUUAUGGUGGGCUGGUUUAUUAAGCCUCUCAAAGAAACAGCCACUUCCGUGCGCUAUCAUCAAAGUAUACGGUGGGAACUGGUAUCUGAAAUGAAAGCUGAAAAUAUCAAAUCAUUUCUUCGUUCUUUUACAAAGCUUCCUCAUCUGGCAGGAACAGAAGAAAAUUUCUUGCUUGCCAAGAAAAUCCAAACCCAGUGGAAGAAAUUUGGACUAGAUUCCGCCAAGUUGGUUCAUUACGAUGUCCUCUUAUCUUACCCCAAUGAGACAAAUGCCAACUAUAUAUCGACUGUGAAUGAACAUGGCAUUGAGAUUUUCAAAACAUCAUACCUUGAACCACCACCAGAUGGAUAUGAGAAUGUCACAAAUAUUGUGCCACCAUAUAAUGCUUUCUCAGCCCAGGGCAUGCCAGAGGGAGAUCUUGUAUAUGUAAACUAUGCUCGCACUGAAGACUUCUUCAAACUAGAAAGAGAGAUGAGCAUCAACUGUACUGGGAAGAUUGUUAUUGCAAGAUAUGGAAAAAUCUUCAGAGGAAAUAAAGUUAAAAAUGCCAUGUUAGCAGGAGCCAUAGGAAUCAUCUUGUACUCAGAUCCAGCUGACUAUUUUGCUCCUGAGAUACAGCCGUAUCCCAAAGGAUGGAAUCUUCCUGGAACUGCAGCCCAGAGAGGAAAUGUGUUAAAUUUGAAUGGUGCUGGUGACCCACUCACUCCAGGCUAUCCAGCAAAAGAAUACACUUUCAGACUUGAUGUUGAAGAAGGAGUGGGAAUCCCCAAAAUACCUGUACAUCCUAUUGGAUAUAAUGAUGCAGAAAUAUUAUUACGCCACUUGGGAGGAAUCGCUCCACCAGAUGAGAGCUGGAAGGGAGCCCUUAAUGUGAGUUAUAAUAUUGGACCUGGCUUUACAGGGAGUCAUUCUUUCAGGAAGGUUAGAAUGCAUGUUCAUAACAUCAAUAAAAUUACAAGGAUUUACAAUGUAAUUGGGACUAUCAGAGGAUCUGUGGAACCUGACAGGUAUGUUAUUCUGGGAGGUCACCGGGAUGCCUGGGUAUUUGGAGCUGUUGACCCAACCAGUGGGGUUGCUGUUUUGCAAGAAAUUGUCCGGAGUUUUGGAAAACUGAUGAGUAAAGGCUGGAGACCUAGAAGAACUAUCAUUUUUGCCAGCUGGGAUGCAGAAGAAUUUGGACUUCUGGGUUCCACAGAAUGGGCUGAGGAGAAUGCCAAAAUACUCCAGGAGAGAAGCAUUGCUUAUAUCAACUCAGAUUCAUCUAUAGAAGGCAAUUAUACUCUCAGAGUUGACUGUACACCUCUUCUUUACCAAUUAGUGUAUGAACUGACAAAAGAGAUCCCCAGCCCUGAUGGUGGGUUUGAGAGUAAAUCACUGUAUGAAAGCUGGUUGGAAAAAGACCCUUCACCUGCAAAUAAAAAUUUGCCUAGGUAAGUUACUUGUAUGCACCUUUCCUACCAUAGGAUAAAUUAUAAAUUCCCCUCUGCCUUCUGUUUCUCCAAACAUGAAAUUCUGAAAUGUCUCAUUAAUAAUUUGAGUCCAGAAAAGAUAAUAAAGAAUUCUUGGCCUGGUGCGGUGACUCACACCUAUAAU